CUUGAGUUGAAAUCUGCUCGAUUAUCCCGCCCCACGGGGAUGUGAUGUUCUAAUGAGUUAUAGUCUACUCCGUAAUAGAUGGAUUGAUUCUGAUUCCAAAAAGCAUCACGAUGCCCAACUCGGGAGUCACUCGGGAUAUCUGCGAUGCUCGGCAUUUGACAUGUCGCGACACUGGCGGAUCAAUGUUUUAGCGCCUCGCCCACCUGGACGCUACUUUCUGCCGCUGCGGCACUUGUUCCCGACGAUAGCCACUUUAUGUCCCACACUCUCCUUUGCCUUGCCAAUGGCCUCGUUCCGUUCCUUAAUUGUAUUCCAAGAGGUGCAUUGUAGUCCUUUCCGACGCCGAAUCCCAUGAGUUCCUUAGACUUAUAACAGACACUCAAUCUCGGGCACGACGAGACCUGACCUGCUUUUGCCAUGGCUUCAGCGGGGAGACUGACCUUUUUAUAUCCCCAAUUGUUGCGAGCUGCGACGAGGGGCUGCGGCCCAGCGAGGGGAUGGGCGACGACGGCUUCGACAACGACAGCGACGACUACGAGGUGGAAUAGUUCGUUUGCAAAGAGGCGUGGCAAGGCUGUUGAGCCCACAGAAUGGGAGAAGCAGCAGCAGCAGCAGCAGCAGCAGCAACAACAAGACCGGCAGGACCAACAGGAGCAAGACGUGCCAACUAAGACGGCGCUGGACGACGCGGUGGCGGAUCAGACAGAGGCAGCAGCGGAUACACUAGCCGAUGUUCAGGCCAAAUCUGAUAUUGGCAAGCUGUACUUUCAGGAUGGCGAGAAGAAGGCAGCCCAGGCGGUAACUGACGCCCCGGAGACUGACGCAGCGGCUCUCAGGAGUCAGCAACAGGAACUCAAGGCUGCUCAGAACCAGGCAGAGCAGAAAUUAUCAUCAGAGCCGACGGAUGUUGGAGCGGAUACGGUUCCGUCUGGUGCACCCAAGCAAGUUGAUUCGAGUGAUGCGAGUGGAAGCAGGAGCGGGAGCGCUGAAGCCAAGACUGGUAAACCCAAGGAUGGCACGAAAAUGAGCGACAAGCUGGAUACUGUCUAUUAUAUGGGUGCUCCCGAGAAUAUGUCACCGCAUACUCCAUCCAUGACCCCGCCAAAAUAUAUUCAUCACUUCGAUAGCUAUUCUCUCGUCAAGCAGCUGCAGGAAGGGGGCUAUUCAAGCGAGCAGGCCGUUACCAUGAUGAAGGCCAUCCGGACUAUCCUGGCCCAUAAUCUAGACAUGGCGCAAGAAAAGCUUGUCAGCAAGAGCGAUAUAGAAAACGUGAGGCAACCUUCCAUCCCAAUUCUGUUUGUCGGGGCGAGUGAAGGAGACGGCACAUGUGCUCCCCACUAAGCUGGCAAGCUGGAUCAGAAUAAUGGGCUGACUCUGAUUAAUAGGAAUCCUA